CACUCCUGUAGGAGGAGGAAGAGAGAGAGAGAGAGAGAGAGAGGGGGAGAGAGAAAGAGAGAGAAAGAGAGAGUGAGAAGGGACUGCGUUUUAGUCCCUAUCCCACACUUGUUUAGAAAGUGGUGGGCAGAAGUCAGUAACUAAUCGCUGAAAAACAACAACAAAAAAGAAGACAGACGAUUAUAAGUGUUUUAAUUUCUUUAUUUUCCUGGAAGUCUCCCCCUGUUGUAAAAGGAUGGAGAACGCGCACACCAAAGAGCCGGCUGACUGCCUGUCACACUUCUCUGUGAACGAAGCCACCGGCCUCUCCCCCGAUCAGUUCCAGAAGAAUCUGGCCAAGUUCGGCUACAACGAGCUCCCUGCUGAGGAGGGUAAAACCAUCUGGGAAUUGAUUAUUGAACAGUUUGAAGACCUAUUAGUCAGAAUUCUGCUGCUGGCUGCCUGCAUCUCUUUUGUGCUGGCCUGGUUUGAGGAGGGUGAGGAGACUGUCACAGCCUUUGUGGAGCCCUUUGUUAUUCUCCUUAUCCUAAUUGCUAAUGCUGUGGUGGGAGUGUGGCAGGAGCGCAAUGCAGAGAGUGCCAUUGAGGCUCUGAAGGAGUACGAGCCCGAGAUGGGGAAGGUUUACCGUGCAGACAGAAAGAGUGUCCAGCGGAUCAAGGCCAGGGAGAUUGUGCCUGGAGACAUUGUUGAGGUGUCUGUUGGUGACAAAGUCCCCGCUGACAUCAGAAUCACUGCUAUUCGCUCCACAACCCUGCGGGUUGACCAGUCCAUCCUUACCGGCGAGUCUGUGAGCGUGAUCAAACACACUGAAGCUGUACCCGACCCCAGAGCAGUCAACCAGGACAAGAAGAACAUGCUCUUCUCUGGCACCAACAUCGCCGCCGGUAAGGCCAUCGGCGUCGCCGUGGCGACUGGCGUCUCCACCGAGAUUGGCAAGAUCCGCGACCAGAUGGCCGCCACCGAGCAGGAGAAGACGCCCCUGCAGCAGAAGCUGGACGAGUUCGGCGAGCAGCUGUCCAAGGUCAUCUCGCUCAUCUGCGUGGCCGUCUGGAUGAUCAACAUCGGCCACUUCAACGACCCCGUCCACGGUGGAUCCUGGAUCCGAGGCGCCGUCUACUACUUCAAGAUUGCUGUGGCCCUGGCUGUGGCCGCCAUUCCCGAAGGUCUGCCUGCUGUCAUCACCACCUGCCUGGCCCUGGGCACCCGCCGCAUGGCCAAGAAGAACGCCAUCGUCAGGAGCCUGCCCUCUGUGGAGACCCUCGGCUGCACCUCUGUCAUCUGCUCUGACAAAACCGGUACCCUCACCACCAACCAGAUGUGUGUGACCAAGAUGUUCGUCAUUGAGAAAGUGGAGGAGGAGAACGUUAUCCUGGAUGAGUUCAGCAUCUCUGGCUCCAAGUACACCCCUGAGGGAGAAGUCUCAAAGGGCAGUUCUCUGGUUCAGUGUGGACAGUACGAUGGCCUGGUCGAGUUGGCCACCAUCUGUGCCUUGUGUAAUGACUCCUCUCUCGACUACAAUGAGUCUAAAGGCAUCUAUGAGAAGGUGGGCGAGGCCACAGAGACAGCCCUGUGCUGUCUGGUGGAGAAAAUGAACGUGUUUAACACGGAGGUGCGCGGGCUCUCCAAGGUCGAGAGGGCAAACACCUGCUGCUCAGUCAUCAAGCAGCUGAUGAAGAAGGAGUUCACCCUGGAGUUCUCUCGUGACAGGAAGUCCAUGUCCGUCUACUGCUCCCCUGCCAAGGCCUCAAAGGCCCCCGUUGGCAAUAAGAUGUUCGUCAAGGGUGCCCCAGAAGGUGUGAUUGACAGGUGUACCUAUGUGCGAGUGGGCACCACCCGCAUGCCCCUGACGGGCCCCGUCAAAGAUAAGAUCAUGGCCGUGAUUAAGGAGUGGGGCACUGGCCGGGACACGCUGCGUUGCUUGGCCCUGGCGACCCGCGACAACCCGCUCAAACCAGAGGAGAUGAACCUGGAGGACUCCACCAAGUUCGGCGAUUACGAGACUGACCUGACCUUCGUGGGCUGCGUUGGCAUGCUGGACCCUCCCCGCAAGGAAGUCAUGAGCUCCAUCGAGCUGUGCAGGGCUGCUGGCAUCCGAGUCAUCAUGAUCACAGGUGAUAAUAAGGGCACAGCUGUGGCUAUCUGCCGGCGCAUUGGGAUCUUUGGGGAGGACGAGGAUGUGACGGGCCGUGCGUUCACGGGGCGCGAGUUUGACGACCUGCCGCUGGACUUGCAGAAGGAGGCUGUGCGCAAGGCCAGCUGCUACGCCCGUGUGGAGCCGUCGCACAAGAGCAAGAUCGUGGAGUUCCUGCAGGGCUUCGAUGAGAUCACCGCCAUGACUGGGGACGGGGUGAACGACGCCCCCGCUCUGAAGAAGGCGGAGAUCGGCAUCGCCAUGGGCUCUGGCACUGCCGUCGCCAAGUCUGCCUCCGAGAUGGUCCUCGCCGACGACAACUUCUCCUCCAUCGUGGCCGCAGUGGAGGAGGGCCGGGCCAUCUACAACAACAUGAAGCAGUUCAUCCGCUACCUCAUCUCCUCCAACGUCGGAGAGGUCGUCUGUAUCUUCCUGACUGCAGCAUUGGGUCUGCCCGAGGCUCUGAUCCCCGUGCAGCUGCUGUGGGUGAACCUGGUGACAGACGGUCUGCCCGCCACCGCCCUGGGCUUCAACCCCCCCGACCUGGACAUCAUGGGCAAGGCACCGCGCUCCCCCAAAGAGCCCCUCAUCUCCGGCUGGCUCUUCUUCAGAUACAUGGCCAUCGGAGGCUAUGUGGGCGCUGCCACCGUGGGGGCGGCCGCCUGGUGGUUCCUGUACGCUGAAGACGGCCCCCUGGUCUCCUACCACCAGCUGUCCCACUUCAUGCAGUGCCAUGAUGAAAACGAGGACUUCACCGGCAUCGACUGUGAGGUGUUCGAGGCAGCGCCGCCCAUGACCAUGGCCCUGUCUGUGCUGGUCACCAUCGAGAUGUGCAACGCCCUCAACAGCCUGUCUGAGAACCAGUCCCUUGUGCGCAUGCCCCCCUGGAGUAACGGCUGGCUGGUGGGCGCCAUGACUCUCUCCAUGUCCCUCCACUUCAUGAUCAUCUAUGUGGACCCUCUGCCCAUGAUCUUCAAGCUCACUCACCUGAGUCUGGAGCAGUGGAUUGUGGUGCUCAAGCUGUCCUUCCCCGUCAUCCUGAUCGACGAGGUGCUCAAGUUCUGCGCCCGCAACUACGUGGAGGCCUAAUCUCGUUUCCCCAUUUCCCGCAACUAAGAAAGAGAGAGAUGAGAAUCUAGUGGCGAAGAAAUGGAACUGAGAAAAGGAGGAGAGGAAGAGAGGAGGAGGACGAGGAGAGGAAUGGGAAAGGCGCUCCGGAGAACGGGGAGUCACUAGAAGAGUAGAACCAAAAAAUGACUUGGAACAUCAAGAUCGAAAACGACAACUUCAACAAUAAGAAGAAAAAAAACAAAAACAAAAAACAACAAAAAAAUACUUCUGUAUAUGAAAUAAGAUUAAGUUAAUAUAUGUCGUUCUUAUAAAGACUACUAUAUUCUAAUAAUGACAAAUUUAUUCUUAAAAAGUAAAACUGUGUUAAAGAUAAUUCAUGUGUGGCUUUUUUUGUUUCUUUUGUUUUCCUUUUCUUUUCUAAUCAUUUGGGCUUUCUCCUCCUGUUCCGGUUCACUGGAAAUGCAUUUGUGCUCUUUCUCUAUCCUUCUUCCGCUAGCACACUGUCAUUUUCCCUGGUCCUUCCCUCAGUGAAGCCUGGAAGGCAGCGGUUUUUAGAACUAGAGAACUUACUAGCGACAGUUUAGCAAACUAGCUAGCUCAGAUAGAUUCGAUAAAAAUACAUUAAACAUAACCUUGCUGCAAAUAGGUAUGUGCACAUGAUCUGUGGUUGGCGGAGGUGAAGCCGCUGCCUCGCAGGUGUCCCUAAGGGAAGGAGACAUGGGCUCUGUUAUUCCCUUAGCUUACUCUGUGAACUUUUGUCAGCCUCCGCGUUUGUGCUACUCUCCUUCUGAUGCUACUCUUGCACUCUUCAUCUCACCCCUUUUUAUUUAUUGUCUUAUGUUUCCUCGCUUAACCGGAACUCCUGUUUGUAAAAACACUCCUUUGACAUAAAGACAGCUUGUCUGCAGUCUUUUUAA